AUGGUAGCGACAACGAGCCCGCGACCUACGGUCGACGUUCCCCGGGACGUCUGGUUACAUAUUGCGCAAUUCGUACUCGACGACGACAUUCGCGACAAGUUGUUAUCCUUUAACUCUACCUUUCAUGACCUCUCUAUGAGAUUGCGGUAUGAGACUGUCACCAUAACCGAGUUCAACGAUGAAACCACAUGGAGGUUGAACAGGCUUAGAGAUCCUGCCGUGGGCUGGCGCGUUCGUACGUUGACCCUCAGGCCGAAUUAUCGUAUACGUCCUCCUCGGCAAGCACCCGCGGAGGAACCUAAUACUUUACGCCAUAUCGUCAAUCGUGUCACCGGCUUUGCUCAACGGCACUUCCCCAACCCUGCCCCAGAGGCGACCGGAAUCCAGCAAACCACAGCACUUUUAGUGCAAAUAUUACCGUAUUUGACGAAUGUUGUGGAUUUUCAAGUUGAUGCUUGGAAUUUACCCCCCACGGCGAUUGACCUUGGUGGCUUUGCCUCAGCGGCUUGUUCUGCUUUUGGCAAGGGCCUGAAGUCCAUAUCACUGGCUGGAUAUCCGAGUAUUCUGAAGGAGGUGGUAUCCUCGAUGCCUGACCUUCCAUCUCUCGAUGGCCUUUCCCUGGACUUUACGAAUGAUAUAUAUUCCCCCGACAGCAGCAGGGAUCACGAGCUGCUAGUCGACUCCAUCCUCCCAUUCGUCAAACAAGUGGCCCCCCAACUACGGUCACUCAGCGUCACCUCGUGGACCAACUUGGACUUUUCCGAGCUUUUCGCCCGUAUAGGCCCAUUCCCGCGACUAGAAUCAUUUGCCACACGUGCUAUUUUCGACCAAGCCCUCGCUACAUCGACUGAUGGGUUGACGCGGCUACUAGUCGAUUCCUCUGCAACUUUGAAGCACGUUCAGUUGAAGCUCAGACCCGCGAAGGAGGGCGAGCCUCAGUUGGCCAACUGGUUGUGUGGUGCGGUGGAUCAUCAUCCAACGAUGUUGACUAACCUCAAGACCUUGCAACUGUAUCCGACUACCCUCUCCCACGGUUUUGAUGCUGCUAAGCAGUUAAUCCACCGAUCAUCUAGCACAAUGACGAACUUAACCAUUCGGGAUCGAUAUUUGUCAUUCGGAGAGCUUGAAGAUAUCUUGGGCGGCGAAGCCACUCGGAUUAAGAAGAUUCAGAUAUGCGUUCAUACAUUGAGCGUCCGUCUUUUGGAUCUUUUAGCGAAUAGAUGCCCGGAGCUUCGACAUCUGAUCCUCUAUGUCGGUCGGCUCGGCGGAUGUAACGACGACGGGCAAGAGUAUUCCGAUCCGGUAGGGAUCUUUGACACCGGUCCUAAAAACUCGUUUGACUCACACUUGUCCUAG